UUGCUUGAGACGAAGCUCCACACAGACUGUGUCGUUGAAAUGACCAACAGAAAAGGCCACGGUAUGAUUCGCACACUGUUAAUUGGAAUAAUUAUCCUGGCUUUGUGUUUAUUUACUUUAUACUAAGUGAGCGCGCAUGUGACGUCACGCCGCACCCUCAGUGAGGUUGCGCGCGCUCCCGAAGAGUCCCAAACACAACACUACACGACGAAACCGGACAGAAAAUCACCGAAUCUGUGAGAAAAUGACCGUUAUAUCACCAAAAGAGUCCUUUGAAGCUUACUGUUAAUCAGGUUCCAGUUUUUCUUGCCUCCAGCCAUGUCUUGUCGUGACAUUCACGCCACCAAUGCUUUCGCCUUCAUCAUCGCGAUGCUGUCGGUGGCCAGUCUGACCGUCGCCAUGCUUAUUCCCCAGUGGAGAACCACCCGCCUGCUCACCUUCAACCGCAAUGCCAAAAACGUGACCGUGUACGACGGCCUGUGGACCAAGUGUGUGCUGCGUGAUGGUUCUUCGGGUUGCUAUUACUUUGAUUCAGACUGGUACGCAAAAGUAGACCAGCUGGACCUCAGACUGCUGCAGUUCUGUUUACCUGCUGGUCUGCUGUUUUCCAGCUUGGCUCUUCUGCUCUGUCUCACUGGCAUGUGUAAAACUGCUUGCUGCUCCAAAACUCCUGACGACAUCAAGAACUCCCGCUGCUUGGUCAACAGCUCAGGCUGCCAUCUAGUGGCUGGGAUGCUACUGUUUCUAGGUGGGGCCAUCGCAAUGCCGCCCUCCGUCUGGUUCCUGUUCCACACGCGUAACCUUAACGAGCGCUACGAUAAUCUGUUUGCCGUAGAGUUUGGGGUGUAUGUGGCCAUCGGCAGUGCUGGUGGUCUGAUCUUAGCUGCUCUGCUAAUGUUCAUGUGGUAUUGCAUGUGUAAAAAACUGCCUUCACCCUUCUGGCUACCUCUACCUGAAGGGCCUGCGAUGACCAACAGCCUCUCCGCGCAGCCCCUCAUGACCAACGGCUUGCCUUCUCCUGUGACAUACGCACCCCAGACCUUCCCUCCGGCUGUUCUGGAUGCCCCCGUUUUUGUCCCAGCACAAGGUUACCCUCAGCCUGUACCCACACAGCCUAUGCUGCCCCAUGUCUACAUGCCACAGAUGUCCAUACCUGAUGGUUACGGCUCAGAAGUGGGAGCCUCACAGGCAUAUAGUUACGCUCCCUCUAGAAGCUACGCAUCUUCUCAGGGAUACGCCCCAUCUCAAAGCUACGCCCCCUCACAGAGGUACGCUGGGCACCGCUAUUCCACACGCUCCCGAAUGUCCGGCAUUGAGAUUGACAUUCCUGUCCUUGCUGACUGACACUGAGUUGGUUGUUUCAAGUCAAACUGGUCAAACUGGUAUUCUAUUUCUAUAACUAAAAAAUUAUAAAUUAGCUGUGGUAGGGAAUUUGAAGUGAACAAAACAGUGAAAUUGAAAGAACGCCUUUAGUCAAUUAGUUUUCUUAGUUAUAACACUGAAAAUGCCCAAAAAAGGUAAUCAAAGCAAUAACACAAGUGGAAUUAGGAAGUUGCGUACCUCUCUCUCAAUGAGCUUUAUUCAUUAAACACAAGCAGAAUAAAUUUCUGUGUAAACUGUUCAUAAUUUCAAUGAGUAUGUUGCAUUUAUUUCAGUGUGACAGGUUUACGUAUUAUGCACACAGAUAUACUUUCUGCUAAUUUUCAUGACCCUAAUGUCUUUAUUCUGCUUUUUAAACCUUGAUAGUAACACUGAACUAAAUGUUGAUGUUAAGCACUGUUUUAACCUGUCAGUGAAUAUGCAUGCUAAUAUCUAAAUGUGAUAAGUAAAUGCUAGAAAGAGACACAACCUACAACCUGUUUUAUGACUGCUUAAACUUGUAUUACUGUUAAGCCAUGAAGUUUCAUAUUUGCCUUUUACGUUGCCUUAUAGUUGUAAUACCUGAACAUCAUGGUUUUUUUUUUACUUUGUUGUUAUGUGAAGGAGAAUUAAUUUUUACCUUAUGUUUAUUAUUAUUAUUUUUGCAAUGGAAAUAAAUUUUUCUAUUUUAAUUUCUGUUUUAAUGUCAGUUUAAAAACAGUCAAGAUAGAUCUUUUUUAUACGUUGAAGGGUUUGCAGGUUUUAGAAAACCUUGUAGUUUGACUCUUGUUACUUGUCUCUGCCUGAUGCCUUUGAGCAGUUGAACUACUCUUAUCAAGACUAUACUUCCACUUAUUGAUUUAUGCUUUGUAAUGAGGCUUACUUGAGCAACAAACCAUUAAUGAAACAUUCCACUGCAUUCCACUGUAUUCUUCUAGUGCAGAUGUAUUGCAUUUUAAAGGUGUCACACCAGAUAUGUCAUUGCAGUGUAACUCGAGAGCAUUUGAAUAUUACAUGCUCUAGUAGUAUGUUUGUUUACUGUUACAUAGUCACUUAAUUCAUUGCUAAAAUGACAGAAGAACACUAAUGUCUUAAAAACAAAUAGUUCCUAUGACAUUUUGCACAAAUCAAUUUCAUCUUGCCUGUUGCAAAAUGUUAAUUUUGUUAAAAGCUCUAUUGCAAAAUGUUAAUUAAUGUUUUUUUUAACAUAAUUAGUGAAUAGACUACUAAUAUCUUGAGUGCUCUUU